AUGAAAGGAAACAUGAAGUCGUUCAUUCUGAUGGCAACAUUGGCUUGGUCAAUGGCAAUCCAUGAUAACCAUGUUAUGGCAAACGAUGCACAGACAAAGCCAACAAUCCAAAUGUAUGGCUCCGGCGAAGGUGGGCCGGCCAACAAUGUUGGGACACCACUACCGUUUUUCAUUGUUGGGGUUAAUGAUCUCUGCUUGGAAUCGAACAGACAUAUACUACAGCUAAUGAAAUGCAGCAAAGAUAAGAGAGAACAAAAAUGGAAUCUUUAUGCAGAUGGUUCUAUUCGGACUCAGCAGAACGACAACAACUGCCUCACUGCUAACGAUCUCACUUUAAGAAGCCCUAUUCUAAUCACCCCAUGUAGCCCGGAUUCGUCUGCUUACCAAACUUGGGAAAUCAAGGAAGCAAAUGGGACCAUCAUUAAUGUGUCCAGUGGAUUCGCAAUAGAUGUGGCAGAAGUAAAUUUCCCUCAGCGACUAGUCCUUUGGGUACACUCUGGCGGACCUAAGCAGCAGUGGC